GCUGAACGUCGUCGAACUAACUGUCAGUUACGUGGCGUUAAAUGCAUGGAGUUUAUCCGGUGUAAAUGUACGCUCACCUGUUCGCUGUGGUGUCCGCGUGUGCUGCGUUCAGUCAUUUAACGCUACCGCAGGGCUGCUCUGCUGUACUCACACAGAAUCAUGAAUUACACUCGGUUUCUGACAGCUGUCAGUGCAGCCAGAAAGCCUUCCCCCAUCAGGAUGUUGACCGAGCUGCAGCAGCGGUCACCCGCGUCCCUGAUCUCUCUGGCUGGAGGAGCGCCCAACCCCAGCACCUUCCCCUUCCGGUCGGCCACCAUCGAGGUGAAGAACGGACAGACGGUCACCUUCAACGAGGCGGAGAUGAAGAGGGCUCUGCAGUACUCUGCCUCUAACGGGAUCCCUGAGCUGCUGAUGUGGAUGAAGAACCUGCAGAAGAACCUCCACAACCCGCCGACCGCCAACUACACCCCUGAGAACGGCCAGAUGGACAUGUGUGUGACCACAGGGAGCCAGGAGGGGCUCUGUAAGGUGUUCGAGAUGCUGGUUAGCCCUGGUGACAACGUUCUGCUGGAUGCGCCCACGUAUUCGGGCACCCUGGUGGCGCUCCAGCCGCUCGGUUGCAACCUAAUCAACGUUCCCAGCGACCAGCACGGCAUCAUACCUGCGGCCCUGAAGGAGGUUCUGUCCCGGUGGGACCCCUCAGAGGUCCACAAGCCCGGCAGCACCGCUCCCAAGAUCCUCUACACCAUCCCGACCGGAGGAAACCCUUCUGGCGCCUCCAUGACGACUCAGAGGAAGCAGGAGGUGUAUGAGCUGGCCAGGCAGUACGACAUGCUCAUCAUCGAGGACGACCCCUACUACUUUCUGCAGUUUCAGAAGCCGUGGGCGCCCACGUUUCUCUCCAUGGACGUUGACGGGAGGAUCAUCAGGAUGGACUCCUUCUCUAAGAUCCUGUCUUCAGGGCUCAGGAUUGGCUUUGUGACGGGUCCGAAACCGCUGAUAGACAGGGUGGUGCUGCACAUCCAGGCGUCCACGAUGCACACAAGUACCUUCACACAGCUCAUGGUAGCUCAGUUGCUGCACAGCUGGGGCCAAGACGGGUUCCUCCAGCACAUAGACAGUGUGAUUGACUUUUACGAGAAACAGCGCGAUGCCAUGAUCGGCUCUGCAGAGAAGUGGCUCAAAGAUGUAGCAGAGUGGCACGCCCCGUCGGCAGGGAUGUUCCUGUGGAUCAAACUGAAGGGCAUCGCUGAUACCCAGCAGCUCAUUAUGAAGAAAGCCUUGGAGAAGGAGGUGCUGCUGGUUCCCGGAGGCGUCUUCAUGAUCAACAGCAGUGACCCCUGUCCUUACGUCAGAGCAGCCUUUUCUCUCUCCACACCAGAGCAGAUUGAUGAGGCUUUCAGAAGACUCUCCUUGCUCAUCAAAGAGGCUUUGUGAUGACGCCUUUUUCCCUGGAAGAGGAUUUCUUCUUUUUUUUUCUUUUUUUUAAUUUACUCAUUCUUGAAGACUUUAAUAUUAGAAUAUAUAAUUCUUAAAGUUUUAAAUAUAUUUUAAUAUGGAGUAACCUCUGAUUUAUAUCUAUAGAAUAGUUGAGGCAGAGUUGAAGGCUUUUCCUCCAUCAUUUGGAUGCAUUAAACAUGACUUGCUGCUGUCAGCUACACAGUGCGACGAAUGAGUUUCGAAAGAAGGGAAACCAAGCUGCUGAUCUCAGUCUGUUGCUCUGUCUGUUGCUCUGUCAGGACACUACACGCUGAGGACGUCUUUACCUUUUCACGCACAAAACAGUAAACUUUUUCUGUCACUCUGAAUUUUGUCUUCUGUGACUGAAGGCUCUUGCACAUCAGUUUCACAAUAAACUUGUUCUUAAAACUG